AAGGGGCGGUGAGGGAGGAGUGAGGUCUGAACCCAGCCACUUGAUUCCGAUUAAGCAGGCCGACACCCCGACUCUUCCCUGCCUUCUGCUGCCAGGCGCCCGUGCAGGUCACACGGGACCAGCGAUGCUUCCAGAGCGCGCUGCCCCCGCGACCUGCGCGCAUCUCGGCCCGCUUUGUGUCAUCUGCACUGUCGCCCGUCCGGAAAGGGCAGUCUACUCGUUACUAAAAGUGGGCGGGUUCGGGGCGCAGCGGGCUCCCGGCGCGCACUCAGGGCUCCGGCACGCGCGGGCUCCAGCACCGGAACAGCCAAACCGAAGCUCCCACCAAAGUUCAACACGCCCCCCAAGCUCGCGCCUGAUUGGCUCGCUCUGCGCACACUACGAGCCGCUCCUGCCUUCGGAUUGGCCCUUGUGCUCGCUGGUCUGCGCUGGAAGCCUCCUCCUCCCUGAUUGGCCGGACAGCUCCCUGCGCUCGCCUCUGAUUGGGCACCGGCUGGCCCAGCUCGUCGGCUCCGAGAGGCCCCGCUUUCUGAUUCGCCGCCCGGGCCAGCCCCGCGGCCCGCACGCUCAAUGGCUGCGUCGAGACCUGCCUCGGCCUCCGAUUGGGCGCGCGGCGCGCUGGCGGCAUGAUUGGCCAGGACCACCGCCCCCCCGACUCGCCAUUGGCUGCCCGGCCAAGCCCGGUCUCCGGGUAAGAUGGCAGCGGACGGACAGUGCUCGCUCCCCGCUUCAUGGCGGCCGGUGACCCUCACCCACGUCGAGUAUCCCGCAGGUGACCUCUCCGGCCACAUCCUCGCCUACCUGAGCCUCAGUCCCGUGGCCAUCAUCAUCGGCUUCGUCACCCUCAUCAUCUUCAAGCGGGAGCUGCACACGAUCUCGUUCCUGGGGGGCCUGGGGCUGAACGAGGGGGUCAACUGGCUGGUCAAGCGCCUGGUGCAGGAGCCGCGGCCCUGUGGAGGCCCCCACGCGGCGGUGGGCACCAAGUACGGCAUGCCCUCCAGCCACGCCCAGUUCAUGUGGUUCUUCUCAGUCUACUCCUUCCUUUUCUUGUACUUACGAAUGCACCAGACCAACAACGCCAGGUUCCUGGACCUGCUGUGGCGGCACGUGGUCUCCCUGGGCCUCCUCACCGUGGCCCUCCUCGUCUCCUACAGCAGGGUCUACCUGCUGUACCACACCUGGAGCCAGGUGCUCUACGGCGGCGUCGCCGGCAGCCUCCUGGCCGUCGUCUGGUUCGUCUUCACGCAGGAGGUCCUCACCCCCUUCUUCCCGAGGAUAGCGGCCUGGCCGGUGUCUGAGUUCUUCCUGAUCCGGGACACCAGCCUCAUCCCCAACGUGCUGUGGUUCGAGUACACGGUCACCCGGGCCGAAGCGAGGAACAGACAGCGCAAGCUGGGGACGAAGCUGCAGUGACCAGGGCUGAGCUGGGUCCAGGCGGACGGAGUGACCGAGGGACACAGGCGAGACCUCGACUGGCCCGAGUCGCCAAGAGGAGCCUUUUAUUUUCGUAUUUUCAUUUGACGAACAAGGUGGACCAAAGGGCUGGGCUGCCCCUGCCCGGGACCUGGAGGCCACUGCGGGGACCUCGUGGCCAGCGGUGCUGGCUGUGCUGCUGCUGCCCCAGGGGGCCGGCCGGGGGCGGGGAGCGGGGGGCCGCGUCUCCCCGCGGGCCCGGGGCCUCCAGUGGCGCGAGAAAUCCACACUAUUUAUUUCGGGGGUUUUGUCAGAGGCCGGCGCGAAGGGCCGUGAGUGGGGGGCAGCCCCGCCAGGCCGCACCUCAGCCUCCUCGGUCAGUGUUUCCCGGGCCGGACCCCGGCCGCCGCGGCUGCUCUCGGUGUCCUGCCGGUCCCUCCACCAAAGGGCUUUCUCGUCCCCGGCCCGUCCCGAGCCUGCACGUGUUGGGGGCGCGCCCAGGCUGUUUACAGCGCCCCUCCCGCCGCCCGCGGCGGCCACCCUCAUCCCCGCCCCCCUGCCCGCUCCCCUCCCAGAGGCCGGGACCAGCCUGCGUCCUGGCGGGGGGCUGGGGUGGGGGGGUCGCACGGGCCCCCCCCUCCCACCCCGGUGCCUGGCCCUGAGACUGGCACCUCCUGGAGGGACCACACCUCGGAUGGCUUGGAAGCCAGCUGGUUGGGAGGAGAAGCUUCUGGAAGCGGUCCAGACUGCUGGGGCCCGUGUGGGCGUCCCCGCCCCGCGCCCGUCUCCCCGCGGAGCUGGAGCACGAGGCCGCGGUGCUUUCUUCUGUUUGGGGGAGCCCGUGCCCACGGGCGGCUCGGGCGGGCGCUCCCGGCCACCCCCCUCCUGCUUCGGUUCCUUCUGACGUUUGUUUCGGUUGUUUUCCUUUCUCGCUGGAGGAAAGCCAAGCGUGCGGCGUUCGAUGGAAACUCAUGACAUUGUUUACUCUUGUUUUCAAAUAAAAUCUUGAACUCUG